AUGCUCGGCAAGGUAGCUCUGGAAGAGGCAUUCGCCCUCCCUCGCAUGCAGGAAAAGACGAGGUGGUGGGCUUCGCUCUUCGCCGUCAACCCUGACAAGCACGCACACGAAAUGACAGACAUCACCAACACGCGCAUCGCCUACAUGGACAAGCACGGCGUGGGCUACACAUUACUCUCGUACACGGCACCGGGCGUGCAGGAUAUCUGGGACAGCAAGGAAGCGCAGGCCUUUGCUGUAGAAAUCAACGACUACAUUGCGGGUGCCAUCAAGGACCAUCCGGAUCGAUUCGGCGCUUUGGCCACGCUCUCUAUGCAUGAUCCUGCCGAGGCAGCGGCCGAGUUGAGACGAUGCGUCACCCAGCUGGGCUUCAAGGGCGCCCUCGUCAACGACACGCAGCGAGCCGGCGACGACGGAGACGACAUGAUCUUCUACGACGGCCCCGAGUGGGACGUCUUCUGGGCCGCCGUCACCGAGCUCGACGUCCCCUUUUACCUGCACCCGCGGAAUCCCACGGGAACCAUCCACGACAAGCUCUGGGCCAAGCGCAAGUGGCUCAUCGGCCCGCCUCUCAGCUUCGCCCAGGGCGUGAGCCUGCAUCUCCUCGGCAUGGUCACCAACGGCGUCUUUGACCGGCAUCCCAAGCUGCAGGUCAUCAUCGGCCACCUGGGCGAGCACAUUCCCUUUGACCUGUGGAGGAUCAACCACUGGUUCGAGGACGUCAAGAAGCCGCUGGGCCUUGACUGCAAGAAGACGAUUCGGGAGUACUUUGCGCACAACAUCUGGAUCACGACGAGCGGGCACUUUUCGACGCCGACGCUGGAGUAUUGCAUCACGGAGCUGGGCGGUGCGGACCGGAUCUUGUUCUCGAUUGACUAUCCGUUUGAGUCGUUUGGGGAUGCGUGUGACUGGUAUGAUGGAGUGACGUUGAAGAAUGAGGAGGAUGUGCGGAAGAUUGGCAAGGAUAAUGCAAAGAGGCUGUUUAAGCUGGGGGCGUUUAAGGAUUCGGAAUAG